AUGCGCGCUUCGUCACCCAUCCUUCGGUUGGCUGUCUUUAGCCUAUUCGACAUUGCUGCAACAGCAUCGGCCUGCAAGUCUAACGAAUGGAUCAAUCUUGCCCCAAUCCCAACUGCCCGCCAAGAGCACGGCACCAUGACCGAUUUACUGCAGUUUUACGACAUCCCCUCGGACACCUGGAUCACUAAGUCCGCGGCCCCUCAUAAAGUCAAUCACCCAAACCUUGCUGUCGUCGGCAAUAAGCUGUAUUUGCUCGGCGGGUUGGUUGAUGGCCCAGCUGUUUCGGGCGUAUCUAUGAACUGGGUAGCUUCUGCAACCGCUCAUGUGUACGAUGUCACUGCAGAUACCUGGAAUGACCUGCCCCCAAUGCCAAACGGCACGGAGAAGGGAAGCUCCAUUGUUGGGGUCCACGGCGAGAUGCUCUAUCUAGCUGGUGGCAUGACUGUGCUCCAGGAUACCUACCAGGACGCUGUCAAUACCUUUGUAUCAUUCAACACGACUUCUAGCCAAUGGCAGAGGGUUGUGGCGAAUGCAGCUGAGCUGCCAGCGAGCCGCCAGCAUGGUACAGGCGCGGUGAUUGGCGACACCUUUUAUGUCGUGGGUGGCAGAUGGUUUGGCCAGAUGAACACUCGUGACACAGUCUUUGAACUCGAUUUGACCAAACAGGAGAAUGGAUGGAAAGAUAGCGCAGUCCACAUGCCAGUUGCCCGAGGUGGUAUCUAUGGGGCCGCUGUUGGAGACAAGUUCUACGCCUUUGGUGGAGAAGGAAACCCAAACACUUCUAACGGCGUGUUUAACCAGUCCGAGGCUUUUAAUACGGAGUCACAGCAAUGGACCGAACUAAAGCCUAUGGCAGUCCCUCGUCACGGAACCCAGGCAGCUUCUGUCGGCAGCCUCGUUUACAUCCCAGGGGGUGGGCUUCAGCAAGAUGGCAAGGCGGUUUCUGUUAAUGGGUCUAUGACCUUUAUGCAGCUGUCAUCCCAUUUCGAUGCUUACUGUGUUUGA